UGCAGGCCAUAGGAACACCACAAGGAGACACAAGGCAGCCACAGAGCUCAGUACAAAUUGAAUUGUCUCAGCAAUUUCCCUGGUGAGCCGAAGUGUUCCCUUGGUGUGUGCUCUGCUCACCGCGCCCCUCCCCCCUGCAGUCUCAAUGGAGUAACUCCUUAACCCACUCAGUCUCCGCUCUGUGGGGAUCCUCCAGGGAGCCUGCUGCUGCGACUUGGGGGUUGAAAGCAGAUCUGCAGCCUCCCCCAGGUGCGGACCCUAAGUCCCCUCCUUUUGAAAGUGUGCUGUGCUGGGUCUGCAGAGCACCAGGCCCCUCUACUCAGCUGACUCCCUGGUGCUGAGUGCACGUGGCCAGCCUCGGCAUCCCCCGGGGCUCAUCUUCUUCCUACCCCUUUCGACCGUCGGCUCAUUUACCAGGAGGGAGGGGGAAGGAGGACUGAAUUAGCUCAACCUGUGUGGUUCCCAGCCCUUUACCAAUGGGAGCCAAGACAGCCAAGACUCCAGCUUCAGGUCACACAUGGGCCUGCCUUUUGAGCUCAGACCUCAUAUUUCAUCCUUUCCUUUCUUUUCUUCUCUUUUUCUUUUUUCUUUUUUCUUUUUUUUAGACAGACUCUCUGUAGCUCACUGGCCUGGAAUUCAGAUAUUACCCCUGCCUCUGCCUUCAAACUCUAGGAUUAAUGUCCCGCACCAUCUACGGCACCCUUUCUUGUUUUUUUUUUUUUUUUAAUAUAUUAUUACAUUUCAUUCUUUCUGUGUGAGUGUUUAUGUAAGCUACUGCCCACUCUGGAGGUCAGAGGACAACGUGAGGGAGUAAGGUCUCUCCUUCCAUCACUGUGUCCUGGGAAUUAAUUUAGGUUGUCAGGCUGGGCUUCACACUCCUUUACCUGCGGAGCCAUCUCGCCGGCCCCUCCUCCCCUUCGAACCGGCCACUAACAAGCCAACCCUAAGGCCAUUCCACUUGCUGUUCCUUUCACCUGUCCGGCCUCCAGGCUUACCUUUGUCCUUGUCACUCAGGUUUAGGUCCUAGCUCCUAGGUCCCUCCCAGAACACAGAUCUAAGGCAAUUGAAUUCCCCGCAUAGCGCUGCAGACAGCCUCACCGAUUCUUCUCACGUUGUACUCUCUCCCUCCUCCCAAGAAUGCCAAGUGCCCUCAGAGAGCAGUGGCCUCUUGUCCCGGUAGAAUUCCCCCGGGAUGGGGAAGGUGUAAGAGGGCACAUGAGGUGGUUUAGUAAACGGCUGAGUAACUGUAAAAGGGGGAUGUCAGCUGCUGCGCGGGCACGCGCUCCAGGCCCGGGUAGCUUACCCCGGUUUGUGCGCGCGCAGAGUGGGUUAUCUCCUUGUAGGUCCAGGGGAAACGCAUCCUUCCCUCGGCCCGCUGGCUGCAGAAGCGCUGUUAAAUGCGCUUAGGGGACGGGAUUUAUAGGUGUGGGAAGAUCCGUAUGCUCCGCAGCGAUGCGGGGCGAGGGAAGAAGGUUCUGCGGUCGCUGAGUACCUAUGGACCCCAGCUAUCUGGCCAGGGUGGAAGACCUUCCCUCGCCUUUCUCAGGGGUUUCCACCUAGCGAACUGCAUGUUCUUCCAAUCCCAGGGAUUUAGCGGUGUAGUGCGCGGAAGGGAAGGGCUCGGAGAACUGCUCUGGGAAAAGGGCAGGUCCUCGGCUCCCACCACGUCAGGGGAAGAAGGGAGAGAGAUCUGGCCCUGAGAUAAGGCUGGCAAGGCUCCACGGUCUUGGGCUAGGGGUGGGAAGACAGCCCCGCUGCAAUAUUAGGCAGGGACCCAGGUGGCUCUGGUCGGUGGCCCGGAAAGGGACAAAGACCAGCCCUGCCCGACCCCCCAUGUCAGGGUCCUAUUGUUCCUCCUCUCUCGGACUGUACCGAACUCUGGUGCCCCCGAGAGGGAGGGAGGGAGGGAGAGAGCUGUGCUCGCCGGGUGGGCAUCUGUUUAUUAAGGGUGAGAAAGGGAGGGUCAGGGACGCUGGCCGGAUAAGGGACGCGUAAAUUCGCGCGUCGCCUUUAAGGGAAGCCCUGCCCUACCUUUCCCACCGGUCCCCGCCACCCCCUAGCCCUACCUGCAUUUUAAAACCCCUUGUAGUCCUGGGAUUGGCCCAGGCCGCGUCCUCCGGGCGAAGAAACUUGAACCGGGAGUGUGGGGGGGAGGAGGGUGCAAGGCCCCGCGGUUGGAAGAUACCAUCUUUUCAGCCUCCCCGCGCGCGCCCCGCCCCUCCCGCACACCCCCGAACCUGGCCAAUCAGACCUGUGGGAGGGCGGGACCGUGGCUCGAGCGCGCCUCUGGCAGGGCGCCCGGCGGGCCGGCGCACCGCGUAGGGGGACCUCGGGGGCCUGCCACUCCUCUGACCGCCUCCCUUUCGGAGGCGUGGCCCAACGGCGGCGCCCCGCCCCCUCUCCGCCCGGGGUGGGCGGGGCAGCUGGGGCUCCGGGAGCGGGGCCGGGGGCGGGCCUCCGCCUGCUGCGCCCGAGCUCGGAGAGCCGGGGCACCGCGGCCGCCGACGCAGCCACGGUCCCGGUUCCUCAGUCCUGAGGCGUGCGCGGGCUCUCGGGUGACCCCAGAGGGGGCCGCGGGAGGGAGCGCGAGGCGGCGAAGGGCGGGCCGCACGCGUCCCCAGCCGCCCCCCGCGCGCGCGUGGCCGAGCCCAGAGAAGCCCCGGCGCGGGGAGCGCCGGCCCGGCGCGGGCGAGGGCGAUGCCGCGGUGACGGCCCCGCCAUGGCGAAGCCCCCGGCGGUGGCGGCGGCGGCUGCAGCGGCGGCGUCGGAGGAGCUGAGCCAGGUCCCGGACGAGGAACUGCUGCGCUGGAGCAAGGAGGAGCUGGCGCGGCGGCUGCGGCGCGCCGAGGGCGAGAAGGUGGGCCUCAUGCUGGAGCACGGCGGCCUGAUGCGCGACGUGAACCGGCGGCUGCAGCAGCACCUGCUGGAGAUCCGCGGCCUCAAGGACGUGAACCAGCGGCUGCAGGACGACAAUCAGGAGCUGCGUGAGCUCUGCUGUUUCCUGGACGACGACCGGCAGAAAGGGCGCAAGCUGGCGCGCGAGUGGCAGCGCUUCGGACGCCACGCGGCCGGCGCCGUGUGGCACGAGGUGGCCCGCUCGCAGCAGAAGCUACGGGAGCUCGAGGCGCGCCAGGAGGCCCUGCUGCGCGAGAACCUGGAGCUGAAAGAGCUGGUGCUGUUGCUGGACGAGGAGCGCGCGGCGCUGGCGGCGGCGGGGGGCGCUGGCGGCGGCGGCGGCGGCGCGGGCUCCCGCAGCUCCAUCGACAGCCAGGCCAGCCUGAGCGGGCCCCUGGCGGGGAGCGCAGCGGGCUCGGGGGCCCGCGACGUUGGCGACGGCAGCAGCACGUCCAGUGCGGGCAGCGGCGGCAGCCCGGACCACCACCACCACGUCCCAGCGGCUCUGCUGCCCCCGGGGCCGCACAAGGUUCCGGACGGCAAGGCCGGAGCCACGCGCCGGUCUCUGGAUGACCUGUCAGCGCCGCCGCACCACCGAAGCAUCCCUAACGGCCUGCACGAUCCCUCGUCCACUUACAUCAGGCCAUUGGAGACCAAGGUGAAGCUGUUGGACGGUGACAAGCUCCCCCCACAGCUGCCCCGCCCCCACAGCUGCCAGAGAAGCCAGCUCCAGCAGGCAGGCUCUGGAGAAUUCCGUACCCUUCGGAAAGGCUUCUCCCCAUACCAUUCGGAAUCCCAGCUCGCAUCCCUGCCGCCCUCCUACCAAGAAGUCCUACAGAACGGCCCAGCCUGCCCCGUACCCGAGCUGCCCUCACCCCCGUCCACCGUCUACAGUUCGGCAGGACAGAAACCCGAGGCUGUCGUGCACGCCAUGAAGGUUCUGGAAGUACAUGAGAACCUUGACCGGCAACUUCAAGACAGCUGUGAGGAGGACCUGAGCGAGAAGGAGAAGGCCAUCGUGCGAGAGAUGUGCAACGUGGUCUGGAGGAAACUGGGGGACGCCGCCAGCACCAAGCCCUCCAUCCGGCAGCACCUGUCUGGUAAUCAGUUCAAGGGGCCAUUGUAGGGCCGCUUCUCCGUGGACGUGGACUGGCCCUGCCUGGAGUCUGAGGCCUUAGACCUGGCAGAAACUCCGGCCCAGCCACCGUCUUUCUCCGUGGUGAAUUGUACAUAGGACACGGCCUACCCUGGCUGCCCUGGUGUGAUGCUGACAGCCAGGCCUCCACCUCCUGCCUCCCUCACCAGCAAACCUUGGGAAGACGAGAAGCCACUGCUCGCUUGCCCGCUCGCUGCAGCCAAGUGGCCAGGCAGCCUGGCUCCCCGUUUGAGCUCCAUGUUCUGUCAGCAAGAAGCCUCUGAGACUCCAAGCCAAGGGACUGUCUGGGAGGUAGCCUGCUCUUGGUAGAAGGUCCCUCAACAAGUAUUCUAACUCUCUGUCCCUUACACUGGACAGAUGCCACCGGAGCCUGAAUCGUGACGCGGGUGGCACUUUUCUGCUACCCUGCCAGAGCCAGGACCCUGGGUCACAGAGCACUGGGUCCCGUGUGUCCAUGACUGGCUGGGAGCUCAGGGUUCCCUGUCACCUGGGGGUCGGUGCUCAGCCACCCCGAAGCCAGCUUCUCCUCGUUAGUAUUCACUCCUUCAGUGACGUCUCCUCACCAAUGCCAGGCUUAGCCACUUUGUAGGUCUCUCCUGCCAGGCUUCCUUUUCUGGUUUACAGCAACAUAGGAAAGUCCUGGAGAGUGUCUGAGCCAGGCUCAGCAUUCUCAAUGGGCAGGUAGAACUGGGCCAUUGCCCAGGGUCACUGUCAAUGUGACGGAGCACCCCCCCCCCCCCCCGCCCGUGUGCUACAAGGAGCCACCCCUGAUCCCCUGAUGAGGUUUCCUUGGGAAGGAUGGGGGCAUGCCUGGUUCUGGCUUUAAUCUGCUGUGUGGCCUUCAGCCAGCCACUCAGCUUCCCUGGGCCCCCAGCCGUUCCUUCUGCCUCUUGCUCACUCUAGAAACCACCCCAGUUUUGUGGACCUCUGUCCUCACAGUGGAAGAGCUCAUGUGGCAACCUACUGGGAACAUGCUAGGCCAGCCUGUUUGUCAUGCUGUCUCCUCACAGGUCACAUCUGAGCCUUAGCCCCUCCCUCCAAGGGACCUGUGGGCGGGGGCGGGGGGGGGGCGGGGGGGUCAAAUGCGUGCUUCAGUGAACGUUGCUCGCGCCUCAGCCGGAAGGCGGCACAUGGCUGUCAGGAGUUUUCUCUAGUGUGGUUGGAGGAGAGUGAGGUGCUUUUGUGAACCAUGCAGAUGCUGUCUGUAGGAGGCCCUGGCCACACUGCUGGCUUCGCCAGUUCCGUGUAUUUACAUCCACACCCAUCAGCUGUCCUCACGCAAUGGUACUUAGAGCCCCAUGCAGCAAGCCCAAAGAGCUUGUCCUUGCCUCAGGUCCCUCCCAAACCCUGUGAGCAGAGGGGACAGGCCAAGAAGGUGGGUGACAUCCUUGCUCCCCAACAAGCCCAGGCCCCGUAACCUUGGGUGGUACCCAGCACCUUUGCUGCCCACACCCUUGGGUCCCACACUCUCAGGGGAAAGGCCCAUGGCCCUCGGUGUGCCCAGGGAGUGUUGCGCAGGGGCUGUAGGGGACCGGCCUACUGCUCCGGCUGUUGGUGGCACUGGGAAGCUCUUUCUAGGAGCUGCUGGAUGGUCAAUCGAUAGAACUUGCAACUCCAUCUGCCGGCCCCAGCUGGUACUGGGUAUUUCUAAGUGGGCUGCUGGGCAGGCAAGACCCUUCCUGGUUCUUUGAAGCCAAGAAACCGCAGAAUAAUGUUGAGGUAUGUGGCCCACACAAGGUGGGAGCCAAGUCAGAGAGUCCCAGUCACAUUUGUAUCAGGACAGUUCAGCCACCUCUGAAAUAAGCAAUAAGUAAGAGCUCUUGGAGUCUGAAGACAAGAAAGAUCCUGUCCCUAGUGCUGCAGGGCAUCCAGGGAAUCUAAAGAGAAUUUCUCACAGGCUCCUCUGCCCUUGUGCAGGCAGAGAGAGACAAGCUAUACCCCAGCCCUCGGCAGUAGGCUGGCUUCCCUAGGACAGCCUGGGUCAUAUCUCAAACCUAACAGGAGAGGCCAGCAGCAACCCAGUUGAGCCCGGGGCCAGGGAGGGCAGGUGGUCUUCCGUGACCCUUCCCUUCUGGAGCCUUAGCCUUUGCAGUGCUGAUUCUCCACCCCAAGCUCACAAUAUGCUUGUGCUGGCUCCACCCCCGUCCCCACUGUGACAGGUCACUUGGCCCCAUCUAGGGUGGCCUGGCCUUCCCCGGAGUCAGAAUCUGCUGAGCACAUCUUCAUUUGCGAUCAACAGCCACGCGCCAGUGUUUCAAGACAAAGUGACCUUUCAUUUUUCUUUCUUGAAACUUGAGAGGAAGUGAGAUACAUACUACUGAUCUUUUUUUUUUUUUUUUUUUUUUUUUUUUUAAGAAACAAAAUGCAUGGCUGCAGAGUGGCAGAGGUGUCUAUUUUCAUACUGUGGGGGAAAGCGUGCUGCUUUUGGGAGGGGCUGGAGUGCCUGGUUUCUGCCCUGGGCCGGUCUUCUAUAGGAGUUGGUGGUGAGACCUGCAGCUGCCCCUCCUGCCCUGGCCGUGUAGAGCUGGAGCCUGUGCACUUCGGCCGUUUCUACCUUCUAUCGAACCACUUUGAUUUGUGGAGAGAGAAAAAAAAUAGAACUUUUGAUAGUGUGGUAAAAGCAUUGAUUUGAACUAUUUUAGUAAAAGGAGUAACAUAAGAUUGUGACAGUGUCUACUUUGAACUAGAUAAUAAAGGCCUCUUUGUGAGCCUCGGA